AUGGCUCUGCCUCCGCAACAAAACCCACCUGUUCGGCGACACACACUCACAAUACUCAACCGGCACGGCCAAAAACUCGUGGGCGUAUUGCAUGAAUCUGGAACCGGCGACAUUGAUACCAAUCUCAUAUUGAACCUUGCUGUUGCAUUGGAAAAUGCCAAAAUCAGCUCUUUCCGUUUUGACUUUUCUGGAAGUGGGGAAAGUGAAGGUUUGUUUCAGUAUGGUAACUAUUGGGCAGAGGUUGAUGAUUUACAUGCGGUAGUUCUACAUUUCCGUGAAUCUAACCGUGUAAUAAGUGCUAUUGUUGGUCAUAGUAAAGGAGGUGACAUAGUACUUCUGUAUGCUUCAAAAUAUAGGGACAUUAAAACAGUUGUCAACCUCUCUGGGCGUUAUGAUAUGAAGGCGGGCAUUGAGGAACGCCUUGGAAAAGAUUAUUUAGAAAGAAUCAGUAAGGACGGUUUCAUUGAUGUGAAGAAGAGGAGGUCAGGAUGUUUUGAUUACCGUGUCACUGAGGAAAGUUUGAUGGAUCGCUUGGGUACAAGUAUGCAUGAAGCGAGUCUUCAGAUUGACAAAGAAUGCAGGGUGAUCAUACCAAACCACAAGUUACAUGUCAUUGAAGGAGCUAAUCAUAUGUUCAGUAAUCAUCAAGGAGUGUUGUCCUCAGUUGUUGUGAACUUCAUAGCAGAAGCCUUGCACCAGGUCGAGGGUAUUGCUAGCUAG